GGUAAUUCAGCUAUAGUGGAUAAUAUAAUAAUAUAGACAAGCGGCGUUUCCAUCUUCAUUGCCUGUCCGUCAUGCGGUCAUCGUCAGCGACGGUAGUGGAUGUGAUGCUGUUCAAGGCCAUCGGGCUGUACCAGCUGCUGUGCCCGGCCGACCGUGGCGGUUACAGCGUCCGGUCCAGGCGCGCGCUGAUGACGGCACUCGGCCUAUCGUUCGCGUUGCACUCAUUCCAGGUGCCCUAUCUGUACUACGCGCUCAACGACCUGCAGCGGUUCGCGUACAUGGCCGCCGUCAUCAUAUACGGCAUGAUGUGCUCGUUCAAGGGUUAUGUACUGGUGACCAAUGCGGACCGUCUGUGGUUGGUGCUGAACGCGGCCGAUUACGGGUACACCGGGUGCGGGCACCGCGACCCGUCCAGGCUGCGCCGUUGCCGGGCCACGCUGUCCGCGUUGCUCCGCACGUUCGUCGCGCUCAGCUACGGCACGCUGAUCGUGUGGAUCGUGCUGCCGUUUUUCGUCGAUGAGUACACGGGCAUCACCAACUCGGACGGCACCGUCACUCGGUACCGCACCACCAUCCACAACAUGCAGUACCCAAUACCGUUGGCCGUGUACAACUCGCGUCCUGUCUGGGCGCUCAUCUACGUCACCGAGUUGUACGUGUGCAUCGUCAACGUGUUCAUAUGGUCGCUGUUUGACUGCUACCUGGUCACCAUGUGUUUUGUACUCAACGCCCAGUUCCACACCAUGUCGGCCGGUUACGGAACGCUCGGAAUUCGUCGCACCGGGUCCUCUCCACCGGACACGACCUUUGCGGGUGUUCGUCGAAUAAAAUUUGAUGAAAUAGAAUCGAAUCAUUACAGCGAUUUGAUCAGUCACAUACAGGACAAUCAAAAUUUAAUCAAGAUGUUUGACGUAUUUUUUGAAGUCGUUCGACCCGUUGUCCUAGUCCAGAUUGCCAACGGUUCAUAUUCAGUAAUAUCGUUAAUAUUCCUCACCGCACUGAUGUAUCUCAUGGGUGUUCCAGUUCUAUCAGCAGCGUUUUUAAAAUUUAUUUGUGGGUUAAUAUCGCUUACUAUUGAACUCUUUAUUUUUUGUUACGGAUUCAACCACAUUGAAACUGCGAAAUCUGUAUUAAAUUUCGGAAUAUACAGUAGCAAUUGGACUGAAAUGGAUUUGACAUUUAAAAAGACUAUGUUGUUGACUAUGAAGAUGAAUUCCUCCCAUAAACGAGCGAUGAAAGUUUCGCCUAAUUCUGCCGUCGGCCUGGAAAUGUUUGCCAGAGUGAUGAACAUGUCAUACUCAACAGUUUCCGUGUUACUAAAUUCAAGAUCUUAAAAAACAUAGUUCAGAAUAUGAAUUAUCAAACAAUGAAUUUAAUAUUAGAUUUGUAUUUAUUGGUUUGAUUAAAAUGUAUGUAUAUUUUAAUAAGUAGGUACUUAAAUUAUAUUUUUAGUUGAUGCUUGGGCAAAAUGUCUACUAUGAUCAAAAUAAUUAUAAGCUAUCCAUAGUCAUACUUACUAUUUGCAUACUAUUGAAAAAUUGUAUAAGUUUCAGAAUGUAAUAGUUGUGUUGUAUACAACAUACGUGGAAAUCAUGGGUUUGUUAUAGAUCAUAGAAAAUUGGGUUUUAUUUUUUUUAUCUUUAGCCCGGCAACUAUGGCUAUUAGCUAUUGCAGAGAUUACAGUUGGUACAGUUAGUAAGGUGUGGUUGAAACUGUAGGUUAGCAACACGUGUAUGCAAGAUUUUUGCCACCACGAACUCGGGUGGUCAUCCAUCCAGGAGCUAGUGACAGCAGACGUUGCAUGAUUAAUUGCAGGCACCAGACCGCGCCAAGCCACAGAAAAUUGCUUACUAUUUAUAAUAUAUUGAACAAUUUUUUAGUGAUGAUAAUACAUUUUUUAUUUUUUUCUAUUGAUCUGA